AUGCCCCCUCGGUUGAACCUCAGACUGCGCCUCGCAAUUGGCAAACCCUACCUUCGGGCUUACUCCAGCGAUGCAGGACCUCUCAUCAACGUCGUAAACCUCCGAGCCCCCAACUCGGGUCACAUCAGAAUCCUUGAGCUGAACAGGCCAUCAGCACGCAAUGCUAUCUCGAGGGAUCUUCUGGCCGCCCUCCGAACCGAGAUCGACGAUAUCCAGGCGCAAUACACAGAGAAGGGCGAAGAGGUCGCUGGACUUGCAGGGGAUGACGCUGGACCUACGAGAGCCUUGGUGCUCGCAAGUGCCGUUGAUGCGAGCUUCUGUGCUGGCGCCGACUUGAAGGAACGGCGCGGCUUUACUCCAGAUGAGACCGCAGCGUUUCUAGCCAACCUUCGCAAUACCUUUACUGCCCUCUCCAAUCUCCCCAUCCCGACAAUCUCCGCCAUCUCCUCGCUCGCUCUCGGCGGCGGACUCGAGCUCGCGCUUUCGACGCAAUUUCGCGUUCUCGCUUCCACAGCCACGGUCGGCCUGCCUGAAACGAGGCUUGGGAUAAUCCCCGGUGCGGGCGGCACGUACCGCCUGCCGGCCCUGAUCGGCGUGCAGCGCGCGCGAGAUCUCGUGCUGACUGGCCGCCGUGUCUCGGCGCCGGAGGCCUACUUCCUGGGCAUUGCAGACCGCCUGGUCGAGAUACUGCCGGAAGAUGAGAGGGACGCAGUAGCGGAGGGCGAGGAGCCGCAGAAGGGGGAUGCCGCGAUUGCGACCAGGGCGAGGCGUCUCGUCCUGGCCGAAUCCGUCAGGCUGGCGUCCGAGAUCUGCGAGGGUGGCCCUGUUGCCGUGCGCUCUGCUUUGCAGGCUGUGAGCUGGGCCAGGGAGGAGGUAGAGAACGCCAUGUACGAGCGUGUUGUCAAGACAGAGGAUAGAGACGAGGCUUUGGAGGCCUUUAGAGAGAAGAGGAAACCUGUCUUCAAGGGACGAUAA